AUGGUAGACAAGAUAGUCGAGCGGUCCGAGAUCGAAAACCUCCCUAUGGACAAAGAACUUGCUGAGAUGCAAGGCGUCAGCCUCAAAGACGAUGCUCCCGAGAUUGAUCCUGUCCUGGAGAAGAAGCUCUUGCGGAAGACUGACCUCAAUCUCAUCCCCAUCACGUUCAUGCUCUUUCUCUGUGCUUUCAUCGAUCGUAUCAACAUCGGCAAUGCGCGUAUUCAGGGUCUUGAGAAAGACCUUGAUAUGCAUGGUUCCGACUACAACAUUGCGCUCUUCAUGUUCUUCAUUCCAUAUAUCCUGCUCGAGGUACCUUGCAAUCUCAUCCUGAAGCGAGUCCGACCAUCAAUAUUCAUCCCAACCAUUAUGGCUCUGUGGGGCGUUGUCACAGUUUGCCAAGGGGUCACAGGUUCAUUUGCUGGCCUGGUCAUUUGUCGAGUCAUCAUUGGCGCCCUCGAAGCAGGUUUCUUUCCAGGUUGUCUUUACCUCAUUUCCAUGUACUACAAGCGCCACGAACUUCAAUGGCGAUUCAACCUGUUCUUUUCAGCCUCAAUCAUUGCGGGUUCCUUCAGCGGUCUCCUAGCAUAUGCUAUUGCACAUAUGGCAGGGAUAGCAGGUUAUGAGGGUUGGCGCUGGAUCUUUAUUCUUGAGGGCAUUUUCACCUGCUUGGUUGCAGUCGUUUCAUACUGGAUCGUCCCGGAUUGGCCAGAGACAGCGAAAUUCUUGAAGCCAGAAGAGCGGGCGCUGUUGAUCCGUCGUCUCAGAAUGGAUGUCGAAGAUGCCAGAAUGGACCAUUGGGGAAAGCACACCGCGAAACGCGUGUUUGGUGAUGUUAAAAUCUAUCUCGGCAUUUUGAUGUACCUCGGAGUCGUGACUACCUCGUACUCGGGUGCCCUGUUCACCCCGACCAUCCUCAAACAGUUGGGAUGGACGUCAAUCCAUGCCCAAGUCAUGAGCAUUCCCAUCUUCGCCGUAGCGACUGUCUUUGCUCUCACAGUGGCGGUGAUUAGCGAUAGACUGCACCAUCGAUUCGGCUUCAUCAUCGCUGGCUGUCUUCUGGCGACCAUGGGAUAUAUUAUCUUGUUGAACAUGCAUCGGGUCCAAGUUGGCGUCCGCUAUUUCGCCUUGUACGCCGUCAUAAGUGGCGGGUACAUCGCUCAACCUGUUACGCUCGUAUGGGUCAACAACAACAUGUCGGGACACUAUAAGAGAGCUGUAGCAUCUGCCAUGAUGCCAGGAAUAGGCAACAUUGGCGGGAUCAUUGCAUCCAAUAUGUUUCUUACCAGCCAGGCACCUACCUACCCGCUCGGCUACGGUCUCGGAUUGGGUCUGUUGUGGCUGUGUAUACUGAGUGCGACGAUCCAUUUCUUGUUCGUUAGAAGAGAGAAUAGACUGCGGAAUGAGGGUCGGAGAGACGACAGGUAUCAGUUGCCGGAGGACGAGAAGGGUAACCUCGGCGAUGAUCAUCCAGCAUUCCGCUUCACUUAUUGA